AUGGAUCUUUCAGAUGCCCUUGACUUCCCACAACAAAAUAUUCAGCAGGCAGGAGGCCCAGUAUGGCCCGGCCAACCAGCCAACCCCACCUGGCCUGGUCAGCCCGCUAACCCCACCUGGCCUGGUCAGCCCGCUAACCCCACCUGGCCUGGUCAGCCCGCUAACCCCACCUGGCCUGGUCAGCCCGCUAACCCCACCUGGCCUGGUCAGCCCGCUAACCCCAACUUGCCUGCACAGCCCGCUAACCCCACCUGGCCUGGUCAGCCCGCUAACCCCACCUGGCCUGGUCAGCCCGCUAACCCCACCUGGCCUGGUCAGCCAAACCAACCGGUCUGGCCAGGGCAGCCUGGGCAGCCUACAGCUCCUGGGUGGCCUGGACCUGCACCACAAACCGGCCCUUAUGGUGCUCCUGGUGAAGCUCCAAGAGAUGUUUUCACUUUCCUUGGAUUUACUGUGCCAUUUGACCUCCCACUGCAAAGUGGAGUCUAUAACAAGAUGCUCAUCACCAUCGUUGGAGAGGUCAAACCCAAUGCUAAUAAUUUCACCAUUAAUUUAAAGAGAGGCAACGACAUUGCGUUUCAUCUAAACCCCCGGUUCAAUGAAGGUGGAAGGCAAGCGAUUGUUCGAAACAGCUUGAUUGGAAACCAGUGGGGCAGAGAAGAGCGCGAGGUCCCAUCCUUCCCGUUUGUGCCAGGAAAGCCUUUUGAGCUGAAGAUCUUAUGCACUGACACUGAAUUCAAAGUGGCUGUGAACAAAUCACACCUUCUGGAAUACAAACAUCGGAUCCGUGAGCUCAACCAGAUCAGAGAUCUUAAUAUCUACAGUGAUGUCAGUCUCAGCUCUGUAAAUGUGGAAACGCUGCAGUGAAAUCAUACUAAAGAUUCUGGCAUAGUCAAGUCUUUUAAAAAUGAAAUAUGCGAUGAUCUAACCACAUGUGUAAAUUACUUCACCUCCAGUAAUCAUCUUUUUUAAUCACUAUGUGUGUCAAUAAGAGUUUAUAUUUCCUGCAAAUGCAAGAGUGAUAUCUAUUUGCAAGCAAAUCCUGUUUUCCCUCAAUGCUGUAGUUAGCUUUGCCACCUCUAGGUGGGCCUGUCAAUAUCCGAAAGGAUUGGUUUGUCAUAAGGUUCAAUGAUGGGGUUAAAGAAAAGAAAUACUUUACAGAAAAUUAGCAAAAUUUGUUAUAUAUUGAUACAUGAGAUAUAAUGAUGUUGAAGUACCAUUGUUUAUACACUUGCAAAGUCUGUGGUGAUCAAAGUGGGGAAUGUGAUACUGGCCAGUCAAGAAUAAUGCGUAAUUAGUGAGAAAUUAGAACUGGAAUAAAAUAGGAUUCUAUGAAUGUACAUAACCUUCAAUUGUAAUCGGUGCCAAAGAAGGUUCUUCUUGGUUUAAUGAUCCCAUGAUUAAAGAAACAACAACAGAUGUAAACACUGAGUUGUGUGCAUGUAAUUACAUUCCUUGGUGAGAUCUGUGUAUUACACUUUUACUGCCAGCUCCUAAUAUAAAUAAAAUAACAGCAACAUAAACUGAA